AAAUUUUCACGAUAAAUGCCCCCUUCUUCAAACUCUUCACGCCUGUUACCAGACAGAGCUCAAACUCUUACAACACGGACAGCACAAUCCAACCAACCAACGACGAACGACAUGUCCGAGCUACCCCUAACCAAGCGAAUUAUUUCUCUGAGGACUGCCGACUGCCACCUCUUCGAGGUGGACGAGCCCGUCGCCAUGGAGUUCGAGAUCGUCAAAUCGUUCUUCGACGAGAACGAGGACGCAGCUGACGGCACGGUGGUACCAUUGCCAAAUGUUUCGGCGGAGCCACUCGCGGGGAUUAUCGAGUUCUGCAAGGCCCACCUGGAUUUUCGCGCCAAGGGUGUGGAGAGAGAUGAGGUGAAGAAGUUUAACGCGGAGUACAUUAAAGAGAAGGGUAACGAGCAGUUGAAGGAGCUAAUUCUAGCGGCCAAUUAUUUGAAUAUUAAAGAAAUGUUGGAAUUUUUGACGGAGACGAUUGCCGAUAGGAUUAAGAAUAAGAGUGUGGAGUAUGUGAGCGUAUUUGGGACUGAUAAUGACUUCACGCCGGAGGAAGAAGAAGCAGUGAGGAACGAGAAUGCAUGGGCUUUCGUUAGAGUUGAUGAAGAUUAAGGUUUUUGUUGUGAACGUGACGAUGAAAAAGAUAAUGAUGAUGAUCUUCUGGUUUUCUUUGUUUGAAUCAUAAAUGAAGUUCUUCUAGUUCAUUAA